AUGCAGAUCUUCGUCAAGACCCUUACGGGAAAGACCAUCACCCUUGAGGUGGAGUCUUCGGAUACUAUCGACAAUGUCAAGGCCAAGAUCCAGGACAAGGAGGGUAUCCCCCCUGACCAGCAGCGCUUGAUCUUCGCCGGCAAGCAGCUCGAGGACGGCCGCACCCUCAGCGACUACAACAUCCAGAAGGAGUCCACUUUGCACUUGGUCCUCCGUCUCCGUGGCGGCAUCAUCGAGCCCUCGCUCAAGGUCCUCGCCUCAAAAUACAACUGCGACAAGCAGAUCUGCCGCAAGUGCUACGCCCGCCUGCCCCCUCGUGCCACCAACUGCCGCAAGCGGGGAUGCGGCCACUCGUCUCAGCUCCGCCCGAAGAAGAAGCUGAAAUAG